GGCGGAGCGGGGGCGGGGCCGCGGCGGGCUGGCUCUUCUUUCCAGGACUGGGGGCUGGGGGCUGGCAGUGUAGACUGGAAUCGAGGCUGUGAGCCCUACGGCGCGGAGCUGAGAGCCGUGCGUUUAAAAAGUGGCCAUGGAGAACAAUGAAACCUCAGUGGACUCAAAAUCCAUUAGAAAUUUUGAACCAAAAGUCAUACAUGGAAGCAAAUCAAUGGACUCUGGAAUAUCCUUGGACAGUAGUUACAAAAUGGAUUAUCCUGAAAUGGGUUUAUGUAUAAUAAUUAAUAAUAAGAACUUUGAUAAAAGCACCGGGAUGUCACAUCGAUCUGGUACAGAUGUAGAUGCAGCCAGCCUCAGAGAAACAUUCAUGAACUUAAAAUAUGAAGUCAGGAAUAAAAAUGAUCUUACCUGUGAAGAAAUUUUGGAAUUGUUACUCAAUGUUUCUAAAGAAGAUCACAGCAAGAGGAGCAGCUUUGUGUGUGUAAUUCUAAGCCAUGGUGAGGAAGGAAAAAAUUUUGGAACAAAUGGAUCUGUUGACCUGAAAAAAUUAACUAAUUUCUUCAGAGGAGAUUGUUGCCGAACUCUAACAGGAAAACCCAAACUUUUCAUUAUUCAGGCCUGCCGGGGUACAGAGCUAGACUGUGGCAUUGAGACAGACAGUGGCACUGAGGAUGACAUGCCAUGCCAGAAGAUACCUGUGGAGGCUGACUUCCUGUACGCAUACUCCACAGCACCAGGUUACUAUUCCUGGAGAAACUCAAAGGAUGGAUCCUGGUUCAUCCAGUCACUUUGCGCUCUGCUGAAUGAAUAUGCACGCAAGCUUGAGUUUGUGCACAUUCUUACUCGUGUUAACCGGAAGGUAGCAACAGAAUUUGAGUCCUUUUCUUUUGACUACACUUUUCAUGCAAAGAAACAGAUUCCAUGUAUUGUGUCCAUGCUCACAAAAGAACUUUAUUUCCCUCCCAUUUAAAUCUAAUCUGAUGUUCCAGGUGGUAGUUAGAACCAUGCCACACUGCCCAAGCAAUAGAACCGUAAUACAGCUACCUCAAACUCAACAUCAGGUAGUUGAAAUUGAAUUUAAUUAGGAACAAAUAAAUGUCGAUAAUGGUACUAUAAUUAUGAGAGGAAUUUCUAAAUUUACUUUUUUUUAUAAUUAGCAAGAUUUGAUGAUACUAUGAAUUUUCAAGUGAUUAUGAAGUUAAAUGUUGCAGUGAUGGACUUUAAUGACACUCUACACACAUUAAGACUGUGCAUCUAGUUUUUGUUCAGCUAUAGAAAUGAUGAUAUAAAAUUAUGUGUCUUAAAACUUAGAUCCAUGGGCGGGGUCAAGUGCUUGACCCUUUAUAAGUGAUAUAUGGAAAUAAUGAGUCGGCUAAAUUUUUAGAUCAUUCAUCAUUAGCUCAUAGUUUUGUGAUUUUUGUCCUGAGCAUGUCUUUGUUGUAAAAAAAAGAAAUUAUAAACUGAAGGCAUGGUGGCGUACACCUUAGUCCCAGCACUUGGGAGGCAGAGGCAGGCGAAUCUUUGUGAGAUCAAGGCUAGCCUGGUCUAUAUAGUGAAUACCAGGCCAGCUGGGGCUACAGGAAGACCCAAAUUAUGUUUUAUUUUUAAAAAGAAACUAAAUAUUUUAUUUGAGAGAAAAUAUGAGCAAACGUGCUUGAUUCUUUUGAGGCUAGCACACAUCAAUAAAGAUACCCAGUACAAGGUGCUGAGAUCACCAGUAUAUUCUUCUUACUUGCUGUUACACAAAUCAGAUGAGAUCUAUAGACCAGCAAAAUAGCUAAAGGGCUAUUAUGUAAAAACCUCAAAUUGUUGAUUAAUAGAAUGAAAUGAAGAAAUUCUGCAGGAACAUCUUAAAAUACCAUUUGUAAAGUAGACAGUAAAAUGUAAGGAAAGAAGAAAUGAAUCAGCUGGGUACUCUGUAACUGGAGAGAGGAUGGUUGGAGCCAGAGCAAAGGCGUGGCACGGCCAUGGGAAAGGACCACAGCUGGUUCCACCUUGUGAGUGCUGAUUGGUGUGGACAAUGUCCCCAAGGUACAAAUCACACAAGAAAAAGGGAACCAGAUCAGAGCCUUCUGGAACCAGCUGUGCUGAGAGUCUCACAAUCCAAGAGCUUCUUGUAGUAAAGUUUGUAAGCAUGCUACUUAUUUUCUGUUGAAGUUUACAAUUCAAGGAAAACAGUGAUGAUACUUGUACUGUCACCAGAAAGUAAAGGACCAUCGCAUACAGGACUUGGGACGCAUUCAGUCACAGCCCCUCCAGCCUACCUGGGGAAGCUGCAGGGAAGCCCACCCCACCAGGGAGGCCAGACUCCAGACUUCUUGACUCCGGAGGUACUGAGUCACUGCUGAGCGCCCUGCUAUGUCCGGCAUUUUCAUGUAAGCGUCCUUUAUGCUCAAAGAAAGGAACUCUCGUUUAAAAUUGACAGAUUUGUUUCUACCGGAUCUACUAGUUAUUUCUAAGUAAAUGUAGCAUGUGAUAGUAUUUUAAGGUGUAUUCCUAUGUGACAAUUUUAUAAAGAUUUGUUACCUUGCAUUUUUUUGAAACAUUAAA